UACUUUACUAUUAUCUGGUAAGAGCUUAAAAUUAAAACCCUUCGUUUCGAUGGAAGCGGGAAGUCUUCUCUGCCCAAUUCCGUUGAAACCAAAACCCCAUCAUCUUCAUCUUCAUGUUCGUCCUCGUCCCUUCUCUUUCCCGCGCUUUAUUAGGGCUUCUUCCAACUUAGAGGGAGGUUACAGAGGACCAAAGCCGAAGAGGGAUUGGGUCGCCGAUUGGGUCUCCAAGAACGACGACGCCGUUCGGAGCUUGCCCAUCUACGUCGGAGGCUUCUCUCUCCUCGCCGUUCUCUUCAAUCGCACCGUUUCGGGCAUAGCUCUCGUUUCCGAUGCCAGCAGUUCACAGUCUAGAGCAGAUUUGCUGACACUUGGUUUGGCUGUCACCAAUAUACUAGCCGGUCUUGUGUGGCUAUCAAUCCGACCAAAAUCUAUAUCGGUGGUAAGUCCUCAAGGUGUGGAAUGUCAAAGGAUAAAUUCUCACCUUCCUGAUGUUGUUGUAUCUGAGUUGCAGUGGUUAUGGGAAUCUCUGUCCGACGUGACAUGCUGCAGGUCUCUAGUUGUUGUCUAUGAUAGCAAAUGUAUCCUCCAGAUUGGGUUUGCUGCUGCAUCUUCUGCCAAUGAAGGUGAAGCAGAAGCUAUAGAUGCCAAUAAAUUGAUGCAAGGAUCACUCUACCAAGGUGUUAUUAAAUCUGGAUCACAAAGCUACUUGGCCAAUCUCUCUCUUUAUCCUGGGAAAUCUGAGCUGCCAUUUUUGCCUUCAAAUACACAGGCAGUCAUCUUGCAACCACUUGGAGACAAAGGAAUUGCAAUAAUUGGAGGUGACACAAUUAGGGGCUUCACAUCUUCAGACCAGGCAUGGAUUACAUUAAUAGGAGAGAAGUUGGAUGCUACACUUACAAAGUUCGUGGAUAGCCUGCAACUGGCAAUGCAAGAUAGAGGUUGACAUUAGUUGAACUUCGAAAUGUAUUGCUUAUGUCGGCAUACUGUUCCUCAAAGUAUUUUAAGGUACUUUAUUUUUUUAUUUUCAUUUGCUCUCUCCCCGUCUCUCUGUCAAAUCAUUACUGUCAGCAUUUGUAAUUGAUGUCAAUGCUUGUACUUCAUAGAAAACACAAUUAAUACUGUAGUCAAGAUUUUGAGUAGAAUUGUUCCGAUAUUGAACCAAAGUUCACAUAAAUAACAUAUACUGUCGAUAAGAAGAUGUUUGUAGCCCUGUAGUUUAGAGAGAGAAUAUUAAACAGUAAGUUUGAAUUGUCUCUAUUUGGGGUGACACGCAAAUUUUGCUCCAUCAAUUUACAGAUGAAAUUAAAUUGAAUUUAUUUCAA